AUGAAACUGCAAAGUUGUGAAAAAGUAUUGAAAAAGCUGCUGAUUUUUCUGCUGCUGCUGCUGUACAGAACAACGGCCUGGACACCUCAGGAGCAUUCCCGCCAGGAGUCUAAGCUGGUUAUCAGACUGGAACAUGUACUUAACCUGAUCCUCACACGCACCUGUGCGGAGAACAACAUGAGCAUCUUUCUCAGCACCGAGUACAGCGAAGAAUUGCAAUUACGGGAACAGCGUCUGGUAGAACGGGUGCUGGGAAAGGUCCUACGUCGGCAUAGUCUGGAAGCCCAGGUACCGAUUGUAAUGGAUCGAAAGCUGCAAAGUCCACUCAAUUUACAAGUUCAACUAAUGCUCUUUUUUGUGGAAGACACGCAACAAUUUAUGAGAUCUGUGAUUGGCAAUGCGGGCGCCACAGCGACGCACAAGCACAAAAUUCUAGUGGUAAUGCUGGCGAAGAGAGGUGACGAGACAGAGACCCACAAGGAAAUGUCGCAAAUUUUCAGUUAUAUGCUGCUUGAACGCUACAACACGGAUGUCUUGAUAAUCCUCGCACAAUUGCAACUUGCAACUUUAAGGAUCUAUACAUUUUUUCCAUUUGGACGUGAGUGCGAGUCGAUUGAACCGGUGAUUCUGCCACUUCAGCAGGCGCAUCUAGCUCAGCUUUAUCCGCCCAAGUUGCACAAUCUUCUUAAUUGUCCUCUUCACGUCAUUGUCUGGCAAAUACCGCCCUACAUUGAAGUACAGCCAGAUUUUCAGAGUUUUCAGGGCUGGGAUGCACAACUGCUCAAAUUGCUGGCAAGGAAGUUGAACUUUCAGGUGGUUCUAGUUCCAAAUGAUCCACCGCAUUUAUUUGGUGGGGAAUCACAUAUGAAUGGCACUUUUACAGGUGCAUAUGGGAUGCUACGAGAGCGUCGUGCCAAUUUGACCUUGGGAUGCACCGCCUGUCAGCUGGCACGAUCGAAAUAUUUAUCCAACUCGGGAUCGUACAAUCAGAUGGAGUACAUUAUCGUGUUGCGUGAGGGAGACGCCUAUAGUUACUAUGAGAUCAUGUUGUUUCCCUUCAAGAGCAGCACUUGGUUGUUGCUACUCUUUUUGGUGCUGCUUCGUUUCCUUUAUCGUUUCACUGAUGAAGUCAUCGCUGAUUUCUUUGCUCCUUUGCCUGCACCCGUUCAUCUUGGUUGGAUUAUGUUGCUGUUUGUGCUGCGCAUCGGUUAUGAGGGAUCCAUCUUUAAGUUUGUACACAAUGCUCCAGUGCGUCCGUUGCCUCAGUCCUUGGAGCAGGCAUUGCUACAGGAUUACAGCUUUAUAAUGGACCAGUCCACGAGAAGAAUGAUAGCUCCUUUGCCCGCUUUGGACGACCGUUCGCGAGUACUGCCCGGUCGCGCCGUGGACAUGUUCGAACAGUUCCUUCGACUGCCUGAGAAUAGUCGCACUGGACUCCUCACCAGUCGCGAUUUCCUCGCCUAUCACCUGUUUAGGCAUCGGGAGCAGCGCAAUCGGUUUGUCAUCCUGGAGAGGAAACUACUGAAUAAUAUAGUCUGCAUGCAUCUGCCUUUGGGCUCCUAUCUGACCAGAAUCAUCGGCCAGCUGCUCUUUGAUUUGCGCAGCUUUGGCAUCUGCCAACAGCUCACCAAGCUUCCCAGUUGGGCCACCGCAUCCUCCACCACAUCCUCGCGUGCCCGUCCAUUGACCGAAGCCCCUAAGGAUCACCUCGCCGAGUCCAUGCACUUUCUUCAAGCCGCCGUAUAUGGCCUUCUCUUCGCUGAAUCUCUAAUCCUCUGCAUUUUCCUCUUGGAGCUGCUUAGCCUGCAUCCUCAAUUUCACUGGCUCAACUGGUUCUUUCACCGACUCUAG